AGAAAUAAAUUGUUGAGCAAGCUUUUUUGAACCCCUGAUAGCAUCACCUUUAUUUUAUCCUUCGGCGCCGACUGCAACACCGCCUCCAAAACUCUUGUUUAUUCUAUAUCCAAAAUUUGAGGUAAAGAACUAAACCAUCGUCCAGCUUUUAUCAAAGAAUAAAUUAGAUUUAGUUAAACUUUGCUUAGUUCACCCAUUCAUUCUAAACCCCAAUUUGGGAAAAUUUGGUUUCUGCUACUACCAUUGCAAUACCCUAUUACUUUCGUCAUGAACACAAUUACUCUCAUUCGCAACCGCGCUAUCAAAUCCGCGCGUAGAACUCUCAUUGGUUUAAACAAUUCGUCGUUGUUUGGGUCCCCACCACUUCGUCACCAUGCUCUUAUCUUGGCUAACGAUUUGUCACAACCACGUUUCAAUCACUACCCUUUUCGAAUAUUUAGGUUUCAGCGCGAAUUGAAUGGUUCCCACAAACUUUUUAACUCACCCUCUUCGAAUUCUAUCACUUCAAGGUCUUUUCGUUUAAGCUCAGAAAAUAGGGUUGUUUCAACCAUUGCAAGAGUUGGAUUCAAGCUUCAAAGUUUCUCAACUUCAAUCGAGACACGUGUCAAUGACAAUAAUUUCGAGAGGAUUAUCAUUCAAGGUGGCAUGAAUGUGAAGCCAUUAGUGGUGGAAAGUGUUCAUGAGAAUGUUGUAAGAGAAGAAGAGUCUCAAUCGAAUGUUGAAAAACAAGCUUGGAAGUUAUUGAAGGAUGCUGUUGUGACUUAUUGUGGUAACCCUGUGGGGACAGUGGCUGCAAAUGAUCCUGGUGAUAAGCUACCAUUGAAUUAUGAUCAGGUGUUUAUUAGGGAUUUUAUUCCUUCAGCUCUUGCUUUCUUGCUUAAAGGAGAUAAUGAGAUUGUCAAGAAUUUUCUUCUUCACACUUUGCAGUUGCAGAGUUGGGAGAAAACUGUGGACUGCUACAGUCCAGGACAGGGCUUGAUGCCUGCUAGUUUCAAAGUUAGAACCGUAGCUCUUGACGGAGAUACCCGUGAAGAAGUUUUAGAUCCUGAUUUUGGGGAAUCAGCUAUUGGUCGAGUUGCACCUGUAGAUUCAGGAUUGUGGUGGAUCAUCCUGUUACGGGCUUAUGGGAAGCUUACCGGUGACUACAGCUUGCAAGAAAGGGUUGAUGUUCAAACAGGCUUGAAAAUGAUACUUAAAUUGUGUCUAACAGAUGGUUUUGAUAUGUUUCCGUCUCUGCUAGUCACCGAUGGGUCUUGCAUGAUAGACAGGCGUAUGGGCAUUCAUGGUCACCCUCUUGAAAUCCAAGCAUUAUUUUACUCAGCUCUUCGCUGCUCACGGGAAGUGCUUGCUGUAACUGAUGGAACUAAUGAUCUCGUUCGAGCCAUUAACAAUCGACUGAGUGCACUAUCAUUCCACAUUAGACAAUAUUAUUGGGUGGAUAUGAAAAAGAUUAAUGAAAUAUACAGGUACAAAACAGAAGAGUACUCCAUGGAUGCCAUCAACAAAUUCAACAUCUAUCCAGAACAAAUUCCUUUCUGGGUAAUGGAUUGGAUUCCUGAAAAAGGUGGGUAUCUAAUUGGGAAUCUGCAACCAGCUCACAUGGAUUUCCGGUUUUUCACACUGGGAAAUCUUUGGUCUAUUGUUUCGUCUCUGAGCACCCCAAGACAAAACGAGGCUAUUUUGAAUCUGAUAGAAGCAAAAUGGGAUGAUCUUGUAGGGCAUAUGCCUCUUAAGAUAUGUUAUCCUGCCUUGGAUAAUGAAGAGUGGCGGAUUAUUACUGGUAGUGACCCAAAGAAUACCCCUUGGUCAUAUCACAAUGGUGGAUCCUGGCCAACCCUUUUGUGGCAGUUCACACUGGCAUGCAUCAAAAUGGGGAGAAUUGAACUAGCCCAGAAAGCAGUUGAUUUGGCUGAGAAAAGACUACCAGUUGAUUCUUGGCCCGAAUAUUACGAUACUCGAUCUGGAAAAUUUAUCGGAAAACAAGCCCGGCUGUAUCAAACGUGGACCAUAGCCGGGUUCCUUACAUCUAAGAUGCUUUUGAAGAAUCCAAAAAUGGCAUCCAUGUUAUUCUGUGAGGAAGAUUAUGAGCUUCUUGACAUAUGUGUAUGUGGACUUAGCAAGAGUGGAAGGAAAAAAUGCUCACGCGUUGCUGCCAAGUCUCAAAUUCUUGUAUGAUGCUACACUGCAUUAUUUAGUACUUCCUCCGCCCUUAAAAAUAAAAGAAAGUUAAAUCAACAAAAGUUGAUGCACUUGGUUCUAAUUGGAGGGAGUACACAACAGUAGAAGUUAGAUUGGAAAUGUAACGGUAUGUUACAUGUUGUAAUUAUAGUUAUAUAUUGGUUUAAGAUGGUUUUCAUAUGUAUAUGCAUGGAGGGCAAUUAUAUUUCUUAAAAGAAAAAAAUAAUAAUAAGAGGUUUAAACUUUGAACCUCUUAAAAAUUAUUUAAUACUAUAGGGUAGUUCAUUGCUUAGGAUAGGUGUAUUAACAAUGUUCACUACUUAGGAUUUCCACUUACAAUAAUUUAUUGUAUACUAACGAAAUAAUGAUUAUAUUGAUUUAUCUUAUCAAGUUA